AUGCUUAGAUGCCUCCGUCCAAGUGGAUGGAGGCACCAUGCCUCCAUCCAAGUAAAGGAGCCUCCAUCCACUUGGAUGGUGCCUUCAUCCAAGUAUCCACUCCAUCCAAGUGGAUGGAGGCAUGGUGCCAAUACCUCCGUCCAAGUGGAUGGAGACACCAUGCCUAGACACCAAGUGGAUGGUGCCUCCAUUCAAGUAAUGGAUUUGGAGGCACCAUGCCUCCAUCCAAGUAAUGGAGGCAUGGUUUGCCUCCAUCCAAGUGGAUGGAUGCCUCCAUUACUUGGAUGGAGGCACGGCGAUGUCUCCGGAGGUGUCCCCGCCCGCGCACUUCGUAACUGUGUCAAAUUUGAGCACACAGCAUCAUAUAUCAAUCAGCAUAUACAAUUCCCGUCUCAAAAUGCCACUACAAUUACGAGUACCCAUCUUUUCAAAGCCCCCCAUUUGAUGCUUUCUGUCAGUAAUUUUCCCAUUACCAGGCCCUUCUCAACCAACAACGAUCACGAAUCUUCUAGUGACACAGAAUAUGAAUUUGAGCGUCAGGCCAAUGGUGAAAAGCUGGGAGACUGUAAAGGAAUAACAGAACCGGAUUCUUUUGGUGAUUUAGAAACUAUUAUGGAAAUUUUACGAGCAGGUAGUGUUCAAGAGAAGAGCAAAAACCUCGAAAAAUGUUGUGUGAUAGUUACCCCGGCGAUGGCGUCUAACGUUCUUUCUCGGGUUCGAAAUGAUUGGGAAACUGCGUUUACCUUCUUUUUGUGGGCUGGAAAACAGCCCGAAUAUACCCAUUCGGUUAGGGAGUAUCAUUCAAUGAUCUCCAUUCUUGGGAAGUUUAGGAAGUUUGAUACUGCUUCAGCUUUGAUCAAUGACAUGAGAGCUGCAUCUUUACUAACUCCACAGACCCUUUUGAUAAUGAUCAGAAAAUAUGCAGCUGUGCAUGAUGUAGGCAAGGCAAUCAGUACUUUCUAUGCGCUUAGACGGUUUAAGUUUGAAAUUGGAAUGGAGGAAUUCCAAAGUUUGCUUUCUGCUCUCUGUCGGUACAAGAAUGUGAAGGAUGCUGAGCAUUUGCUCUUCUGUAACAAAAGUUCUUUCCCUUUGAAUACCAAGAGCUUCAAUAUUAUACUUAAUGGAUGGUGCAAUGUGGUUGGUGACUUGCGCGAGGGUAAAAGAAUUUGGAUGGAGAUGGAAAAGAGAGGGAUUAUGUGCGAUGUUUACUCUUAUUCUAGUAUCAUGUCUUGCUAUUCGAAAGCUGGUAAUCUAAAUGCGGUUCUCAGGCAUUUCGACAAGAUGAAGGCUCUAAAAAUUGAACCGGAUAGGAAAGUCUACAAUGCAGUGAUUCAUGCUCUUGCAAAAGGUAGGCUAGUGAAAGAAGCUCGGAGCCUCAUGAAAACAAUGGAAGAGAAGGGUAUCAAUUCCGACACCAUCACUUAUAACUCGCUCAUCAAGCCUCUUUGUAAGGCACGGCUGUGUGAUGAAGCCAAAGAAGUUUUUGAUGAGAUGAUAGAGAGAGGCCUUUCCCCGAGUACUCGAACUUACCAUGCUUUUUUUCGGAUUUUAAGGACUGGGGAAGAAGUUUUUCAGCUCCUCGAGAGGAUGCAUAUGGAUUGCCAUCCGAGUCAUGAUACAUAUAUAAUGUUGAUCAGGAAAUUUUGUCGUUGGCGCCAGCUAGAUAAUGUUUUCAAGCUGUGGACUGAGAUGAGCAAGAAUGGACUUGAACCAGAUCGAAGCUCGUACAUUGUGCUCAUACAUGGGCUCUUUUUGAAUGGAAAAUUGGAGGAGGCGUAUAAAUAUUAUAUAGAAAUGAAGGAAAAGCAUUUGUUGACAGAACCAAAAAUAGAUGAGAUGCUUCAGGCAUGGUUGCAAGGGAAGGCUGAUGCAGGGCACCAUGUGACUGAGUCGACGCACAGUCAAUCAAAUUGUAGUGAGUUUGGACCAAAUGCCAAAGUCAAGUCCAAGACAAAUGAUAGGGACCUUGACUUCCGUCGACAACCGGAGACGAAAAGCAUUACCAGAGAGAGAGGCUUUUCUUUUUGUGACAAUUAA